AUGAAGUCCGGCCUAUCACCAUCGACAUCACCCUUGCGAUUCCUUCGCAAUGCCAACUUCCUCGGUGCAAGCCAGACACGAUGGCUCCAUAAGACGAGACCAGCCCCGAAGAUUCCACAGCCGAGGCCAUUCGUCCCCGAUGUCCCGACUUUUCUUACACUAAUUGGCCGCGGCCUGAACAAGCACGCAUCCAAAUUCCCGUCGUGGGAGUCUCUCUUCUCUCUUACAUCUCCACAACUGAAAGAGCUGGGCAUCGAGCCGCCUCGUAACCGCAAAUACCUGCUGCAAUGGAUGCAGAGAUACCGAAAAGGAGCGCUGGGACCGGGCGGAGACUUCAAAUAUGUUAAAGACGGCCAGGCUCUACUGAAAGUCGCUACCCCGCCAGCGUCCGUCAUCAGCGACGCAAAAUACGUGGUCAACGUGCCUCAAGAGGAGGAAGGUGUCAUUGGGGACUCAGAAGUCCUGCCACGGCCCAAUGGCUACACAGUCAGGGGACUUAGGUCAAUAGCAGGUCCGUAUGCGAUACCGCUGCCGCAGCAGGCUGGCGCAAUUGUCAAGGCCACGGAGGGCAUGUGGGAACACCGCCAGGGUCGCAAGAUUGACGGUGGUGAGAGAAGAAGGGCGGAGAUUCGAUUCAAGAGACGGUCGGUGGAGCGAAGGGCUGAGCGUGAGGCGGAAGCAUUGGCCGGCUUGUAA